AUGGCAGAUGAUAACAAUUUACGUCCAACUGAUAACGAACAGCAAAAUGACUCAAGUGAUAAGCCAGGAAAUGAUAAUGAAGAUGAGAUAGAAGUACUGAAAUCUGAUAAUUCAGAAGAAAAUUCAGACGAAAAUUUGAUUUGCGAUGAAACGAAAAAAUUAAGAAAAAAUUUUUUAUCAUUGAAAAUAUUUAGUCGAAAGUUUAAUGCAUUAAGACAACGAUCACAGAGUUAUAGUAUUUUACAAAGUGAUCAGCCAACGACAAGUUCAAAUUCAACUUCAAAAAAUUUAUUCAAUUUUAAAUCUCUGCGAAAUCGAUUUGCUCAUUUAAGGAAAUUUUUAAAUUUAAAGCAUUUGUCAAAUUCAAAGACAAAACAUCAUGAAAGUUUGGAAAAGUUAACAGAAUUAAAACAUUCAUCGAAUUCAAAGAGUUCAACUGAUUCUGAAAGUUCACCGACAAAUUUCGAAAGGUCAACCGAUGUAACUCAGUCAAAAGUAGUAGAUUUGAUGCAUACCGAAGGACACUUCGCGAAUUUAUCAAAUUUACAACAAAGUGAAACAAAUUUGGAACAAUCUAUAACUUUGGAAUGCUCUAUUGAUCCGGAAAAUUCAGGAGAUCAAACAGAAUAUUCGGCAAAUACAAUGCAAUUAGAAAAAGAAUUAAGGCAAUACUCUGUUGAUCCGGAAAAUUCAGGAAGUCAAACAGAAUAUUCGGCAAAUACAAUGCAAUUAGAAGAAGAAUUAAGGCAAUACUCUAUUGAUCCGGAAAAUUCAGGAAGUCAAACAGAAUAUUCGACAAAUUCGAUGCAAUUAGGAGAAUCAAUGCAUUCAUCAGAACAAUCAGAGAAUUCAUCAAAUUCAAGCAAUUUAUCAAGUUUCAAAUAUUCAACAAAUUCAGAGCAAUCAUUCCGUUCCGGAAAAUUACCUGAUUCAAGUUAUUUAACAACUUCACAAUAUCUAACAAGUAUGAUUCAUUCACCAAACUCACAACAUUUAGCAAAUCCAGAACAAACAACAAAUUUGGAGCAUUUAUCAAAUGCGGAAAAUCCGGCGAAUUUAGGACAUUCAGCAGAAUUGGAGCAUUCCGGAAUUCCUGAACAAUCAAUACCUUUGCAUCAUUUGACAAAUUCAAUGAUAGCUGCAAAUUCAGAUGUGGCGCAGAAUUUGAUGAAUCAGAAAUUUUCAUCGUCAUCGCUGUCACAAGAGGGAGGGAAUUUCGAUGGACAAUCGAGGAUUCUAAUUGAUUCAAAUGAUCAAACAACACGAAUGCAACUGAUAAGUGAUAAGAGUGAUAGCGCAGAAAUAGAUGAUAACAACUCAAAAGUAACUAUCAGUGCUAAUGCUAAUGCUAAUAAGCUUGCAACAAUUGAAUGCGAUGAUUCAUUGAUUGUUAAUGAUGAAUCAUACUUGGAAUAUUUUAUAUGCUCGCAGUGUUCACCUAGCAAUUCGGAAGGUUCGCAACAAUUACCGGAAAUGCGGACCGCAAGUCAGGAAUCAUUAAUACGACAUUUCGUUAUUGAUGAAAUUUUUUCUACCAGUACCACUAGUAAUACUGAUAAUGAAAAUGAUAAUAAUCAUAUUAAUAACAAUAAUGAAAAUGGACAUUAA